AUGACCAUGACUGCCAACAAGAAUGCCAGUGUCAACAGCAGAGCUGGAGGGAGUAAAGUGCCUCAGGACACUCUGGAUAGGUGUCAGUCAGUCUCUCCACCGCCUCUUUUGUCCCCGCGAAGAAGCCCAGCCUACCCCCUCAGCGAUAGCGAGGACUCUUGCCACUCUGCUCGGCUCACCAAAGUCUCCAACUCCCGACUGCGCCUCAAGGAUUGGAGCAGCCGCACAUCUACACUGCGAAGCACCUCCACGAGCCCAUCGGACACCGACUCCCCGAGCCACCCUCUCAAAGCCGUCAGUGUGGGCGCUUUGGAUAAAAGGCUGUCCGUAUUCAAGGCUGAGGACCAAAAGGAGAGUCCAAAGGAGGCGCAAGAUGGGGACACGGUAGGGAGCCAUCCGCUCGCCCGGAGUACUCUGUCCUUGGGCACUGCCACCAACUUGAGGAACCUGUCCCUCAGCCGGGCGAGCGUCCGCUCCCAGCCGCUGGACAUCAGGCAGAAGAUCACAGAAUGGGAGUGCCGCCGGGAGCCAUCCCCCAGGAUGAGCACGGCUGUGGACAAAAGGGAUGCUGGGGAGAGGUCGGGCAGUGAGAGCUGCCCCAGUGUCCUGACCUCUCCCUGCAGCGAAAAGACAUUUGAUUUCAAAGGGCUCAGAAGAAUGAGCCGAACAUUUUCCGAGUGCUCUUACCCGGAAACAGAGGAGGAGGAACUGCUGGACAGGGAUUCCUGCCAUCGGUUCGAGAAGAGAGCAGGCAGGAGCGAGCCUCCUUCUGCCACUUUCCUCAAGGGCCAUGUCAGGAAAGAGUCCUCUGCCGUGCUCAACAGAAUACAGAAGAUUGAGCAGGCACUGAAAGAGCAGCCUGGCAGAGGCCUCCCCCAGUUACCGAGUAGCUGUUACAGUGUUGACAAAGGGAGGAAAAAGUCUGUGACUUUGAGUACUGUGGAGGGACUGAGUGAAACCCUGAGUGAUAGCAAAGGAGGGAGUGUUAUUUCGGGGAGCGAACCAGAAACACUUACUGAGGCUGAGAAAAGCAGUAAGACAAAACAGGGGCUUACUGCAAACUCCGCUGGCCCUAAACUGCUCCUCGAGAGCCCAGCUAACACCGCGGUGAAUCCUGUCCCCAAGCCCAAACGCACCUUUGAAUACGAAGCAGACAAAAACCACAAAAGUAAACCAAGCAAUGGCCUACCUCCAUCUCCUACCCCUGCUGCCCCUCCUCCCCUCCCGUCCACCCCGGCACCCCCAGUGACCAGAAGGCAGAAGAAAGAGUCGCGCUUUCACAGAAAGUCCCAGAAUAGAAAAUCCUUUGAGUUUGAGGAUGCAUCCAGUCUGCAGUCCCUGUACCCUCCCUCCCCAACUGAAAAUGGGACUGAGAGCCAGCAUAAAUUUGGAUCCAAGAGCACUUUAGAAGAAAAUGCCUAUGAAGACAUUGUAGGCGAGUCACCCAAGGAAAACCCGUACGAGGACGUGGAGCUGAAAGGACGUCAUGCAGGCCGAAAAUCCCAUCAGCUCUCGGAGAAUUCCCUAGAUUCUUUGCACAGGAUGUGGACGCCGCAGGACAGGAAAUACACAUCACCUCCCCAGCUACCUACAAAGCCCAGCAGCCAGUCUCUGCGCAUCGGGAACUGGUCAGAAAGGAAGAGCCAUCGCUUACCACGGCUGCCCAAGCGGCACAGCCACGAUGACAUGCUGCUGCUGGCUCAGCUUGGCAUUCCCUCCUCCCCUUCCAGCCUCAAUGAGGACAGCCUGAGUACCACAAGCGAGCUGCUGUCUACACGGCGGGCCAGGAGGAUCCCAAAGCUUGUCCAAAGGAUCAAUUCCAUCUACAGUGCAAAAAGAGGAAAAAAACGGUUGAAGAAACUGUCUAUGUCCAAUAUUGAGACGGCGUCCCUGCGAGAUGAGAACAGCGAGAGUGAGAGUGACUCAGAUGACAGGUUUAAAGCUCAUACCCAGCGUCUAGUACACAUCCAGUCAAUGCUGAAGAGGGCUCCAAGCUAUCGAACCCUGGAACUGGAGCUGAUUGAAUGGCAGGAACGGGAGUUAUUUGAGUAUUUUGUGGUAGUUUCACUGAAAAAGAAGCCCUCUAAAAACACUUACCUCCCAGAAGUGACAUAUCAGUUUCCCAAGCUAGAAAGACCAACCAAGCAAAUGCGUGAAGCGGAGGAGCGUCUCAAGGCUAUCCCUCAGUUCUGCUUUCCUGAUGCCAAGGACUGGCUCCCUGUCUCUGAAUACAACAGUGAGACCUUCUCUUUCAUGCUGACUGGGGAAGAUGGGAGCCGGCGAUUUGGUUAUUGCAGGAGGCUGUUGCCCAGUGGAAAAGGCCCACGCCUACCUGAAGUUUAUUGUGUCAUCAGUCGGCUGGGGUGCUUUGACUUAUUUUCCAAGAUCCUGGAUGAGGUUGAAAGGAGAAGGGGAAUAUCUGCUGCCUUGGUUUAUCCAUUUAUGAGGAGCCUGAUGGAAUCUCCUUUUCCUGCACCUGGAAAGACAAUCAAAGUCAAAACCUUUCUGCCUGGAGCUGGAAACGAGGUCAUUGAGCUGCGGCGGCCGAUGGACUCACGCCUGGAACACGUGGACUUUGAAUGCCUUUUCAAGUGCCUCAGCAUUCGUCAGAUCAUCAGGAUCUUUGCUUCUCUCCUGUUGGAGCGGCGUGUGAUUUUUGUAGCAGAUAAGCUCAG